AUGUUGGGAUUAUCCUUUCCAUUCCUAACGUGGUCUGGAGAUUGCAGUUUGUCACAUCGAUGCUUUGCUUGCCACACCAUGGAAGAAGAUGAAAAGCAAGGCGUUCUUUUUGCUCGUUUUACGCUGCUUUGGAAGCACUGGAAAAGUCACAUGUCAAUGAGGAGGUGUUUGGCGGAGGAAAGAGUUUUGGCCGGUUUGUCUGCUCCGGUCAUCCGGGAUGUUGCAUCAGUCCGUUCGUAUGUUGCUGGCAUCGGUGACACCAGCAGUGCUUUUAGAUGUUUGGAGAAGCUGUUCGGUGGAGCAGAAGGAGCGGAUUGUCGCUAUCAUGACAUGUUGCGCAUCUGUGAGCGCGUUGCCUGGUUCGCAGACUUGUCCGUUCCCUUUCAUUACACUCAAUUGACAUCGCAAGAGUUCUUGGCCUAUAUUCAGACAUCUUGGUUGGAGCGUUUCCAGCAGCACUGUGCUGCACGUCGUCUCAGCAGCAGUCGUCGGACAGCUGAGCGUUAUGCUCUGAUGACUGCUUUGGACAAGGAGGAGGACCUGGAAGAUGACUCGGCCCCGCCGGUCAUAGAAGGACACGAGGUGGAGGAUGAUCUGCUACUGCAAGAAGAGUUGGACAACUUGGAACGUGCGCAGUGGCCGAUGGAUGGAGAAGCACUGCACGAAGCUAUGUUUCGGGAAGAGGAUUGGAUGAAGGUGUUGGGCAAUCGAAAGCCAUCUGUAUUGCAGGACGCGUUGCAGCGUUUGCGUGACUUUGUGAAUGGUUUGGGAGGUGUUCCGGAUGCGAGAAUUGAUUUGGGAAUCAAAGGCAACGCAGCCAGUGGAUUGGAGCGUAAUUGGACGUUCGCCGAAGCCCAAAGGUCUCUUCAAGCUUUCUUGGAUCAACAUGGUCCGAUCUGAAAACCAAUCUCACUUCUAGAGAACUCUGGGACCUUUUGUAUCGUUGAGGUGGAUGGUAUGCCUCAGCCCAUUGGCGAAGAUGAAACUUGUGACCCGAUGCUCACAAGCGACUAUGAAGAAUGUGAG